GCGGCGCGGGGCGCGUGGAUGUGGCGCCGGGCCCGGGUGCCGGCGGGCUCCAGCGGCGGGACCCCUUCGCCCCGCCCGCCUACCCCUUCGCGCCUCCGGGCGAGGCCGAGGCCGCGGCCGUGAUCGGGCGGGAGCCGGCGGCGGGGGGCGGCCGGGGCCGGGGCCGGGGGCGCCGCCGGGGCGCGCGGGGCGGCGGCGGGGGCCGCGGGGGCCCGGGGGCGCGGGAGCGGGAGCGGCCCGGGGAGCCGGAGCGCAGCAUGGAGGCGGCGGCGGGCGGCCGCGGCGGCUUCCAGCCGCACCCGGGGCUGCAGAAGACGCUGGAGCAGUUCCACCUGAGCUCCAUGAGCUCGCUGGGCGGCCCGGCCGCCUUCUCGGCGCGCUGGGCGCAGGAGGCCUACAAGAAGGAGAGCGCCAAGGAGGCCAGCGCGGCUGCGGUGCCGGCGCCGGUGCCCGCGGCCGCCGAGCCGCCGCCCGUGCUGCACCUGCCGGCCAUCCAGCCGCCGCCGCCGGUGCUCCCCGGGCCCUUCUUCAUGCCGUCCGACCGCUCCACCGAGCGCUGCGAGACCGUGCUGGAGGGCGAGACCAUCUCGUGCUUCGUGGUGGGCGGCGAGAAGCGCCUGUGCCUGCCGCAGAUCCUCAACUCGGUGCUGCGCGACUUCUCGCUGCAGCAGAUCAACUCGGUGUGCGACGAGCUGCACAUCUAUUGCUCGCGCUGCACGGCGGACCAGCUGGAGAUCCUCAAAGUCAUGGGCAUCCUGCCCUUCUCGGCGCCCUCGUGCGGGCUCAUCACCAAGACGGACGCCGAGCGCCUGUGCAACGCGCUGCUGUACGGCGGCGCCUACCCGCCGCCCUGCAAGAAGGAGCUGGCCGCCAGCCUGGCGCUGGGCCUGGAGCUCAGCGAGCGCAGCGUGCGCGUGUACCACGAGUGCUUCGGCAAGUGCAAGGGGCUGCUGGUGCCCGAGCUCUACAGCAGCCCCAGCGCCGCCUGCAUCCAGUGCCUCGACUGCCGCCUCAUGUACCCCCCGCACAAGUUCGUGGUGCACUCGCACAAGGCGCUGGAGAACCGGACCUGCCACUGGGGCUUCGACUCGGCCAACUGGCGGGCCUACAUCCUGCUGAGCCAGGACUACACGGGCAAGGAGGAGCAGGCGCGCCUCGGCCGCUGUCUGGACGACGUGAAGGAGAAGUUUGACUACGGCAACAAGUACAAGCGGCGGGUGCCCCGGGUCUCUUCCGAGCCCCCAGCCUCCAUCCGGAAAACAGAUGACGCCUCCUCCGCCCAACUCCCCACAUCUUCUGAGAAGGACAAACAGUCGGGCUGGCUGCGGCCCCUGGCCAGCUCCUCCAGCAAGAGCCUUGGCUGUGUUCACCCUCGCCAGCGCCUCUCCGCUUUCCGACCCUGGUCCCCAGCGGUGUCCACAAGUGACAAAGAGCUCUCCCCACACCUCCCGGCCCUGAUCCGUGACAGCUUUUACUCCUACAAGAGCUUCGAAACGGGUGUGGCCCCCAACGUGGCCCUGGCCCCACCGGCUCAGCAGAAGGUCGUGAGCAGCCCACCGUGCACCGCCGUUGUCUCCCGGGCCCCUGAGCCUCUGGCCACUUGCCUCCAGCCACGGAAGCGGAAGCUGACCGUGGACACCCCUGGAGCCCCAGAGACGCCGGCGCCCGUGGCUGUGGCCGCCCCAGAGGAUGACAAGGACUCGGAGGCCGAGGUGGAAGUGGACAGCAGGGAGGAAUUCACCUCCUCCCUGUCCUCGCUCUCGUCCCCGUCCCUUACCUCAUCCAGCUCCGCCAAGGACCUGAGCUCCCCCGGCGUGCACGCCCCACCCGCCGCCCCUGCUGCCCCUGAGGCUGUGGCCCCUGCCGACCCCACGAGCGGCGGCCUGGAGGCCGAGUUGGAGCACCUGCGGCAGGCCCUGGAGGGCGGCCUGGACACCAAGGAAGCCAAAGAGAAGUUCCUGCACGAGGUGGUGAAGAUGCGGGUGAAGCAGGAGGAGAAGCUGAGCGCCGCCCUGCAGGCCAAGCGCGGCCUCCACCAGGAGCUGGAGUUUCUGCGCGUGGCCAAGAAAGAGAAGCUGCGGGAGGCCACGGAGGCCAAGCGCAACCUGCGGAAGGAGAUCGAGCGCCUGCGCGCGGAGAACGAGAAGAAGAUGCGGGAGGCCAACGAGUCCCGCCUGCGCCUCAAGCGGGAGCUGGAGCAGGCGCGCCAGGUGCGGGUGUGCGACAAGGGCUGUGAGGCCGGCCGCCUGCGCGCCAAGUACUCGGCCCAGAUCGAGGACCUGCAGGUGAAGCUGCAGCAGGCGGAGGCGGACCGCGAGCAGCUGCGCGCCGACCUGCUGCGGGAGCGCGAGGCGCGGGAGCACCUGGAGAAGGUGGUGAAGGAGCUGCGCGAGCAGCUGUGGCCCCGGCCGCGCCCCGAGGCCGCGGAGAGCACGGCCGAGCCCGAGCCCUAGCGGACCCCACCGUCUGCCGCCGCGGGGCGGGCGCCGCAGGGAGCGGGUGGGCGGGCGGCCCGCGCCGGCCCGGGGCUCGGGGCUCUGCGCGCCGGUGGGCCCGCCCCGCGGCCACACAGCACAACGUCUUACUGUGCCUAUAACCAAGCGAGUGUUUGGAACCACACACUUUUGGAGUCCACUGCAGAAUUUUCUACUGGCCAAGUUCACGUGCGCGGCGGGGUUCGCGGCCGCCGGGCGCAGUCGGCGCCGGCAGCGGCCCUGCGCUUGCCGGGACGUUCGACCAUUUACAUUUUUGUUAUAAGCUAUUUAAAACCAGUAAGAAGACUUGAUACUCAAAAAUCAACAGGUUUUUUAAUGACUAACUUUUAAAAGCCCCAGCAACACGUGACGCCAUGCGAGGACCUGCUAAGGGAGUGGGCACGGCCGCCCCGCCCCGCCCCUACAAGCCAUCGCAGCCCGGCCGGCGGCCCGGGACAGGGACAGGGAGGGUUUUCUCCAGAGUCUAUUUUUUCAGCGACGAGGACCCAGGCUUCCUGUGCUGCCGCUGGGAGGAGCAGGGAGGGCGCCGCGAGCCGGGCUGCCACCUCCUGCUGCUGCCCGGCGGCCCGGGGUGGGGGUGGGGCAGUGCCAGGCCCGCGCGGCCUCGGCUGCCCUCCCCGGGCCACUCCUGUUGCGUCGGACUGAGGCUGCAGCGUUGGAACAAAACAGCAUUACUUCACUAUUUUUUUUGUUUGUUUGUUUGUUCAUUUAAACGUAUAUUCGGAACUGCACUUUGUCAAACCCUUCCCUGCUCUUUUUAUUCCCCAGUUAACUGAGGUUUUUACUUUUCAAAUAUCGCGAACCCGUUUAUAGAGCAGUGCACAUUCUAAGUGCUCGAGUGUUUAGAAACCCCCUCUGGUGCUUGGUUGAACAAGGGAAUCACAAAACGAAAAUGCAAAAACUGAACUUCGGGGGGUAGUUCUGUGCCUUCCAGCAUCUUGUACAGCAAACCCUGACUUGUCUUUUUACCCCCGAGAUCCUUGUCUUCAAUAGGACUGAAUCUGCCACUAUCAGAAUAAGUUCCUUGCAUUUAUUCCAAAUAAUCUCGUUUACUCUCAACUGUUCAUGCAAAUUGUAUAAGGUUUUUUAUGCCCAAGCUUGAAAAAUGAUCUCCCAGUGGACGAGAGGCGGCUUACCCAUCCCGAAAUUACGGUAUUUAUGUACACGAGAAAGAUCUUACCAGAAUUCCUCGCUUGACCCCGUUCUAACGCCGAGGCAGCUGUGAGCGCAGACGGAGGUGGAGACCAGACCGCCGGCCAAGACUGGCGCCGCCCGCCGCUGCGACGAGCAGAGGCUUGGUGACCGGGUCAUCUGCAGGGUUCCCGCCCGUGGUUUACUGGGGGGGGAGGGGCGCAGGUGCUGCUGGACCCCCCUUCUAAAGUGCAAUGCAAAAGGGACAUCAUAUAUAUGCAGCGUUGGUUUGGGUUUUUUUUUUUUUUUUUUUGCUUUUUGCUUUGUUUAUUUUGCAGUUAUGAGAUCUGUAUGCAUGGGAUGGUAGCGCUCUGCCGUGUGUGCACCCGUCCAUGGGCAUUAUUACCGGCCCCAGAAGGGGCUGCUUGUGCUAUGCCACACUCACAGUGCCGUGCUCAGCCUUGUUUUUCCAGAGUUGUGUGUUUUCAGUCGUUUCUUCAAGGGAAACUGCGUGAUUUCGGCAGGGCAGAGCUCUAAGCGCGUGUGCCCUGUGCUUCUGGCUGGCUGUGCUCUGGUGCCAAGUCGGAAAGUCCAGAGAGAUCAAAGGGCCCUGGGGCCUGCCGCCCAGGGCCUCCCGCUCACUUUUAGGUUUGGGAGUUUGGGGGGGUCCCGGAGGGUGGGGAGUUCUCACAGCUCCUCUGCUGGGGCCCCGCCUCCCCUCGCCCUCGCCCUGCCCGCCUCUGGUCACCGUCUCUCUGCUGGGUCCACACCCCCAUGUGCCAGCUUCGUCCCGGAAGGUCGGGAAGAGCUGGGCCCGCCACGGCUGCCCAGGGGUGGCGGGGACCGGUUGUCCCGGGCUCCCCAGUCACCAGCAGCUCGAGCCCUCUUGGGCAGCUCCCUGGGUGGAAGGGUGUCCAGGGGUGGGGGUGUCGGCGCGUUCUGGCCACUCCCAUCCUCUGGGGGCUGGGCUGAGGGGCCCGAGACCCGGCUUUGGUCGGCGCAGCUGCCGUUUGGUUUCUGUGCAGAGGGAGAAGGGAGCUAUCUGUCGGCUGUGGGCUCUCCCUGUGUGUAACCCGCCCGCUAUCCGGAUGACUGUGUGUUCAGUUUAAUCACUCAUUAUUUCUGCGCUGAAAGAGGAUUUUUAACAAAGGGAAAAACAACAGCAAUAACAUUCAUAUCUUUGGAGCAGCUAACUCACACACGUAAUAUCCUGCUUUUCGUACGGACUAGCCCGUGUACAGACGGUCCCUGUAAAUACUGUUCCCACACUGUUGUAUCACAUGCGUGUACGGUGGUUCCUUUUUCAGAAACUCUUUUCUUACCUGGUAGUUGUCUUGUUUUUGGGGUUGUUUUUAACUGAGGAAGAACAGCUCCCCUGCCCACCCACCGCGUCCACCAGGCUCGAGCGGCCGUCUUGUUCUUGCUUUAAGUCAGGAGUCACAAGCGACAUUUUUUUUUCAAUUAAGGAAAAAAAAACCCCACAGCUCUACCUUUCUCCCUGCCAGGAGCGUCCACACCGCUGUCCGCGUCCCCUCUGCUGCUGCUAAUGACGACAUGAUGACUUACUCUACUAUCGAAAACUAUUUUUAUGUAAUUAAUGUAUGCUUUCUUGUUUAUAAAUGCCUGAUUGAAGACGAACACAGAGAAAGCUUGCUUAUUUAUGUACUUCGCUGUGUGCCGUAGUCCCUUGGCACCCCUCCCCCAACAGAUGACCUUGUACAAUAAAGGACUUGGAGAGUG